ACUAGGAGGGGGGACGAACUACAUCUUCUAACCCUCCGCCGUCCGCUAGGGUUGCCGCUGUCCUUCGAUCCAAAAUUGUAGGCCUCUUCUUCGUCGACCUCCCAUCAUCGGCGCUUCUCCCACGAUCCAAAAUCGCUGGUCGCAGUAAUUGCUCCUCUUCGUCGACUUCUUUUGCUGCAGUAAUCGCAGGCUUCGCAGUAAUUUUAAGGCCGGCUGUACCCAACUUUGGGUACAGCCGGUUGUUUAAUGUAAUUUGCGCAUAAAUUUGGAACCCCAAGCCGGCGCUAACGAAACCUCACUCGUCUACAGACGCCGUCUCUGCAUAAAUUUGCCUGGUGAAGAGGUGAGGCUAAGAGCAUUUGAAUUAUUCCUACAAAUUGGAGCCACUGACAUGGUGAGGGUUAUUGGCUCGCCAUGAAUCUGCAUUUCAAUUUGGUUUUUUAAAAUCAUCAUUUAGUCUAAACUUUGCUGAAUUUGUCUCCAUUUUUUGACGUCUCGGCAUUUUUGCAUUUUUUGGAGCCUCUGCAUUUUUGUUUGGAAACUUAAGUUAAUUGAAUUUGUAUUAUUUACAGAUUAAAGAAAUUGGUAUUUCAACUUUUUAACAUUGGAUACUUAUAUAUAGAAAAUGAAAGUUAAUAUGUACAUAAAUUGAAUGAUUUUGUAUUGGUUGUGUAAUUCAAAUAAAUUGACUCUUUACAGUAUGCUUUUUAGUAUUGACAAUAUUUAUAAUAUUUUUUCUACAACUAAAGCCCAAUGCCAAGCAUGGCCUACCUUUCACUAUGAGCUUGGGUAGGUGGUACUGUUCAGUCACUUGUGCUUGAUUGUUAGGUUGAUUUUACUUUAAAUUGUUUCUAUACCAUUUUCUUCAUCAUUAAUAUUUCAGCCAAAUCGUUCAUUACACUUUUCAUGACUCGUUUAGGAUGACCAAUUCGUGUGGCAGUUGGAGUAUUACAGGCGGCACUAGAUUACUCUCAUGAGAUUUUCAUAUAGCUUUUCAAUUUUGAAAUGCAAUAUUUGUACUCACGAUAAUGUUAACUUUGUUUAAGUGUGUUGCAUAUUUGCAAACAGAGGAGUUCUUCGGCACUGUUUUUCUUUCCAUAGGUCAUAUAUUAUGUACCUUGAACAUGCCAUCUAUGCCCCAAAUCUACAAUUAUUUCUUAUUUGUAGAUUUGGGGCUUGAUCAUAGCUUAGUCGUUACUCCCAACUCAUCUAGUGGUAUGACUUCCUCUACAAGCUUGGGUAAGAGGUAGCGUCUGGUUACUAGUACUUAUUGGUUUUACACCAUUCUCUUCAUUAUUGAUAUUUCCCCUACACCAUUCAUUACACCUUCAGGAUAACCAAUUCUUGUGGUAGUUGGAGUAUUAUUACAAGCAUGACUAGAUUAGUGCUAUGACAUUUACACAUAGGUUUUCAAUUUUGAAUUGCAUUAUUUGUAUCAAAGAUAAUGUUAACUUCAUUAAAUUGUGUUGCAGAUUUGCUAACUGGGGACUUCGACACCGAUUUCCUUUCCAGAGGUCAUAUUUUUUUGUACCUCUUGUAAUAUUUCCGCUGAAUGUUUUUGGCAUAAUUAAUUAUUGUAAGGGCUGUACCUUAAACACCAUGCAGACCUCUAGAGGGGUGAGGGUGUAUAUAAGGUUCAAAAUAUUUUUAAAAAAUUAGUCGUUAUACAAUUGGAAUUGUCAUAGUACUCAUAUAGGCACAAACUUGUUUGAAUAAAUUAGGCCAAACUCGAUGCCUCAAAGAUAAGGAAUUAUGUGAAUAGUUUCAAAUUUAUCCAAACAAGUUAGGCCCAUACGCAGGUAGAAUAACCAAAGCUUAUUCGUAUAGAUUAGUAUUUGUUUGAAUAAGUCAGGCCUUAUUUGAUGUAUUAUAAUAGAAAAUAAACUAUUCGAGUUGAAACUGCUUCAAACAUUUAGAGAUGCUUUUUGAAAACAAAUUUAGACUAGGAGAAUUAAACAUGUGCCAUACACUCAGCUUUAACAAUAAACCAAGGCUAAGAAAAGUUAAAUGAAAUCCAAAGCUAGUUGUUAAGUCUUCAAUUCCAGUCCCAUAAUACGUUUGUCAUCAUCAAAACACAAGGGACAACACAUGUGGAAAGCUCAGGUUAGAGUAGGUUUGUAGGCUAGGUGGUAGUUGAUGCAUUCUUUGUUGUGUGCAUUGUAAGUUUGGUUUUUAAUAUUUUGCUCUCUUGUACUUAGUUGGAAUUAUCAUUGAGGGUUCACUUUAUUGAGAAAGGUGUUUCUUCAAAAUCGUUACCUUAAAGAGAAAAUUCUUGAUCUGCUUUAUAUACAUAUUUGAAUUAUGGCAAUUUAGUGACUAAACCACUACUCUCUAGUCAGUGUCAUGAUUAUCUCAAAAUAUUAGUAUGUUUGGAAACUCUGGGUUUGCCAAAAGAGGUAUUAAUUGAUUCGCAAUUUAAGUUGUCAUCCACCACUUUAAAUUGGUGGUUGAUGUGAGUUGAUCCGUCCACCAUUACCCUUCUUGUUAUUCCAAAAUUCAAAACUGUUAAUUUUUUUAAUGUUGUAAUAAAUGUUUUUCUAUUCAUUCACAAAACAUGAAUAGGUUGAGUGUAGUUGAUCUGUCUUACUUUCUUUAGGCAAAACAACAGAAUGAGUUUGUUAUUCGGUCCUUGAGAAAGGUUACAGCAAAAUUGAUGUGUCACUUGAUGUUGUAGACGAAUAACAACAUUCGGUAAUUUUGAGUUACCCCAGGUCUCAAGACGGAGAAUGCAAAGGACAACAUCUGUUUCAAUGAUGAAAAGGUUGUGCAUAUAACAUGUAAUUGGAAAAAAGUCUUCAUGUGCGCCAUCUUCAAUAGGAUAGUAGAAUAAGUGGUGGACAGAUCCAAGUUUAUUAUCAAGGUUCAUGGAUAUCAUGGAUCCCUGUUAGAAAAAAGAGAUAUAAUAACCUUAAUGUAAUACCUAAAAAAAUGGUUGGUGCAUAUUUUCGAAGUUUUUGUAGAUGAUACUUGAAUCACUGCUGGAGAUGAUGAAGACUUGGGGGAAAAGACUAUUUGAAUAGUUGGGGGAGAUGUUGAGGUUUUUGUCAGUCGGAUAUGGGAGCGUGUCAGUUUUACUUUUCCUAGUUUAAUUAUUGAUGGACAUGUUGAAUUCAAGAUCGAUUGUUCAUGGAUACGCACAAAAGAAAUUAAGAUAUGGUUG